AUUUACAUACAGCGGAUACUGGUGAUUAGACAAAAACAACUUAGAAAGUUGAUAAGGAUAUGGCUAGCAGCCAACACCAGGAUCCGGCACGUCAAGGUCUGCACUCUGCCCACCGUGCCAUUAUAGAAGGCAUGUUCCCGGAGAAACCUUUCACUGAAGGAGGUAAAAGCGGUGUGCACAAGCCCAAGAGACUAGUAAAGACGAUGGAUUUCGACGUAGAGAAAAACGACUACAGCGUGCCCGAGUUCUACGAGCGCUUUGGCAAGGAGCUGCCUCAAGUGAUCAUGAUCAGUCAAGGAUUCUUUGGAGACAUCGUAGAAGAUACGUUCGAUAGAGAAAGUAUUAUUCGCAUCCAGACGGUAUCCAAGCAACGUCGCGUGGUCGCCAUGGCCGACAUGGGAGAUCACUCUAAACUGAUCAGCAUCCCGCUUACAUACCCUGAGAAAGUCUGUGUCGUCAAAAAACACAAAUUGGGCAAAGAGAAAACCAUAAAGGAGGUCAUCGAACAUCAGAGCCUCCCUUGUCACGUGCAGUUCCCCAAGGACAGAACCAUCAGCGUGGGCGGUCAGAACAUCAGCACCAACCACAUCCCGAAAUUGCUGCUUCAGAAAGCUUUUGAUGAAAUGUACUUGCUUGGAAACCUUAUUACCGACGGCGUCAUGGAACCAGACGUGGUGAACGUGCCCCUGUACCUGUCUCAACUUCGCAUGGCGCGCGUGCUUGGCCUAAAGAACUCGCCUCCCCAGAAAUGGCGGGGUUACCUUGAGGAAUUGGAGCGCUUCAGUGCCUAUAUGAAAUACGACAAAGAGUACGGAAAUCAAGGAAUUGCCCAAUACGACCAAUCAGCGGUUCAUUCUGAGGCCGUCUUCUCCUUUGUUGAACCGCAGACAUACUCUAACAUAAUUUCGGUGUGCAAACAUCAUCGUGGAAACGCCGUAGAUAACCCAAACUACCUGCCGACCGACGUGAAACAGCAUGAAGACAUCACUUAUGAAGAAAUCGGAAUGCCGCGCGAGUCCGAAAUGCACAAGCCAGAUAACCACAGGCCAUCAUUGGCGACGUUUGGCGUCGGUCGAACACCAGCUCAGGCUUCGACUUCCCACAAUUCACAGAAUGUAAAGUCAACAUCUGGAAGCCUGAAAUCAACAGGACCAGAAAAACGUUCUGUCCAAGAAUCGAAUCACAGUCCGCUUAUCGACAGAAGCACAAAGGUUUCCCCACCUGUCGCGAUCAAGCCCCCAAGACCACCUCCUCAGAUUCCAGAGAUGCCAGGCAGUCCGAAGCUUCCCGCGCGCCAACCAAGGCCUCCUUCACAGAUGCCGAGUCCUACCGUCAAACAUGAGGCUAUCUACACGAAUAACCUCCCCCGCACGUCCAUUCGCCCCUUCCAACCGGAACCCAAAGAAGCUAUUGCACUUGAGCAGGAACGCUCUUCAAAAUCCGAUCAGCAAAGCAACACUUUGGAAUCGCCAAAAAAGCAAGACGAGGUUUAUAAACCGCUACCAACGGUCAACGACAGCCUUGAUGUAGUCAAACUAUCCAUAGACGAUGUAUGUGGUUACCUUAAAGUGCUGCAUCUUGAUAAAUAUGAGCCCAAGUUCCGGAAAGAACUGAUUGACGGCACGCUGUUGAUCGCCUUGUCCAAAGAAGAUUUUGAAAAAGAGUUCGGUAUGAAUGGGCUGGAAGCUGUGAGAAUAUUUAAGUUCUCCAAAGAAGGUCAUUUGCCAAGGUAAACAACAGCGGCUGUAAAUCGUAUAUGACUUUUGGGAAAACCUAAAUCUACAUAUAUGCACUAGGGCUUCCAAUAUUUUGAACGUAAAAUAAUUCACUUUUAACGUUUUUAAUACAUGUUUUAUAGUAUUUAACCAUAAGUGGUGCAACUUCUUUCGACCAUCAUAGACGAAAAAUGCAUGUUAUGUUACGCACUCUUUGAAAUUUAAAAUAAUACGAAUGUGUUGAUGAGUAUUUGUAAUUUGUAUAAUCAUAUUUCACUCAUUUAUUUUAUACGAAAUGUUCGUUCGAUAUAUGCGUAUAAACUAGUGAGAUAUUGGAUAUUGUUUAACCUUAUCUUUAUUUAAUGGCACAUAAUCUUAUCAGCUUAACAAUAAAGUUACACACUUGUUUUUAUUUUUCUCCUAAGUUGUUAAGUAUAUGCAGAAUUAGUGUGGUAACCCACUCGGUAAACCUUAUUCCAGUAAUGCUAUUGUUGCAGAAAGUCAUAAAUAACAAAUAUAUACACUAUGGUAGAUGAAUGAACAUUGUCAAUAAUAUUACGUGUAGCAUACGUGUAUAUUUAAGUUAAGUGAACAUUUUAACUGCUAGUUGUUUAAGAAACAAAUGUUCAAAGUAACAAAUGGAUGUAAAUCAUCAUCAUCAUCACCAUCAUCACCACCAUCAUCAUCAUCAACAUCAUCACCACCACCAUCAUUAUCAUCAUCAUCAUGAUCAUCAAUUUCUUGACCGGUUUAGCCAUUGUGGGAUAUAUUGUACCUGUAUGACAUAUUAAGUCGUGUGAAGGAUUUAUAUCUUCUCAAUUAUAAACAAUAAAAUCUGUAUAAAACAA